AUGUCGUGCCCCACUACUCUUGCUGAUGUUGCCGAGUUGAACCAGUGGUGGUCAUCAUCCCGCUGGAAGGCAACGUGUAGACCUUACACUGCUGAGGACGUCGCUCGUCUACGUGGCAAUAAGGAUGUCCGGUCGACCUAUCCAUCUAACGCCAUGGCAAAGAAGCUUUGGUCGUUACUAACGGAGGCAAGGGAUAGAGGCACCUUCAUCAAAAGUCUCGGGGUGCUGGAUCCUGUGCAGGCCAUACAAGCAUCCAAGUACCUCGAUGCUCUCUAUAUAUCUGGUUGGCAGUGUGCGACGACAUGUUCUUCAAACACGGAACCAGGACCAGAUUUCGGAGAUUACCCCUCUAAUACUGUUCCUGACAAGACAGACUUUCUAGCACCACUUAUUGCUGAUGGAGAUAGUGGUCAUGGUGGUAUUACUGCCGUUAUGCGGUUGACUAAGAUGAUGAUCGAGAAGGGAGCUGCAGGCAUACAUCUAGAAGACCAGAAGGCAUCCACGAAGAAAUGUGGCCAUUUGGGUGGUAAGGUUCUAGUUUCUACCAGGGAACACGUAGAGAGGCUCGUUGCGGCCCGGUUGACGGCCGAUAUUCUUGGUACGGAUACCAUCAUCAUAGCGAGGACUGAUGCCGAGAUAGCCACCCUUCUCGACAAUAACGUCGACGACCGCGACCAUCCCUUCAUUUUGGGAGCCACAAAUCCACAAAUCACAAAUGACCUACCCAUGAGAUACAUUGUCGAUAAUGCUAUCAGAAAUGGCCAUUCUGAUGAAAUACCAACGCUCGAGGCGGAAUGGAUUGACAAGGCGCAUCUGUGCACCUUCCCUGAGCUCAUCUCGAUGAAGUUGAGGGAGAUGGGGAAGCCUACUGAGGUAUGGGAUGAGAUUUGUUUGUCGAUGGGCAUACGUGAGAUGAGGUCGGAAGCUAGGAAAUUGCUCGGUGAUGAUCUGCCCUACUGGUGUUGGGAUGCUCCUCGUACUCGAGAGGGUUUCUACCGCAUACAAGGUGGUACGAAGAUGUGUAUAAGUCGUAGUCGUUCAUUUGCGCCGUACGCCGAUAUGACGUGGAUGGAAGCCAAGAGACCAGACUAUGCUCAGGCCAAGGAGUUCACCAUGGGCGUCAGGAAGAUCCACUGCACUGCGAUGUUCGCCUAUAACGUAUUCCCGAGUCUAUUCUGGGAUAAGAUGGGUAUGUCUGAUGCUGAGAUUCGCGACUUCCAGACCAAGAUAGGUAAACUCGGAUUCGUUUUUCAGUUUAUCCCACUGGCGGGUUUCCACGUGUCGGGUCUGCACAUGGAUCUAUUGGCCAGAAGUUAUCGUGAGGAUGAUAUGUUGGCUUAUAUGAGAGAGGUCCAGAGGGUUGAGAGGGAUAAUGGCAUCGAAAUACUAGCCCACCAGAAGUGGUCCGGUGCAGACUACGUCGACACAGCUGUAUCAAUCGUCACUAGUGGCUCAUCUGCUACCACCACUACUUCUCGUCUCGGUGGGAUUUUCACGGAGCGUGAUCUAGAGGAAAAUGCCGCCGCUUAG